ACAAUAUGUAUAAUAGUUUCAGUAGUAUACCUUGCUCAAGAAGUGUUGCGUAUAACCAAAAAAAGAAUGUCAUGGACUCUGAACUCACUCUGGAAUCCUUACAGCAGUGGCUGGUUUCGUGUUAUGUUUGUUUUAUUCGGACUUUGCCUCAUUAUCGACUUUAUCCUUGCCAUUGUCCUUGUUUACUACGAGAACUAUCUACUAAUAGUAGCUAUGGUACUCUGAUGGUUUUUGGAAAUAUUUUUCAUAAGAGCCAUCAAACCGUUCAGUUUCUUCACGGUUAUGAUACAAAAAGUCCUCAUUAUAGACAUGUCACGUUUCUUUGUUAUAAUCGGUAUCGAAAUACUUGCUUUCGCUACCGCUAUGUAUAUGGCGAUUCAAGGGUCGAGUGUUGCUGAAUCUAUGGAUUAUCGGGACAUUUGGCGGACAAUAUUCUCUAUGUAUAGCUUGAUGGUAGGUGUCGGAGACUUAGUUGCAAUCUAUGAUACUCGUCAUCCCACCUUGUGUAUCAUCAUACUGGUAGGCUUUAUCGUUAUGACCACUUUGCUUAUGUUGAAUGCACUUAUAGCAAUGAUGUCUCGCACAUGUAUGGAAUUGGUAGAAAAUGUUGGAAAUGUAAGAACAAGAGAGCGACAUUGGAAGCUUCAAAAAUUAUCCGUGAUUCUCUUCUUUGAAAGUAUCCUUCCAAAUACAUUUAUAUUCAAAGCGGGUGAAUGUCAGGAAGUUAGUCGAUAUAAUAACACUAUGCACCGAAGAAGAAAAAUGAAAAGAUACAUGCUUGAAGUGCGAUCCUUACAGGAUGAAAACGGGGAUGGCUGUGAAGAAGGAACGAUUUCAACAAGCUGGGGAUUCAGGACCGCUGUAUUUAAUGCUCUCAAAAACAACAAGCGAGGCUCAACAGACAGGCCUCUUUCUGGUAUUAGUGAUAAAAUUCGACACACAUUAAAGAAAAUGAGCAAAAAGAAAGCAAAGAAAAAAGAUGCCGAUGAUGACAAGCAAGAUUGUAUUUUAGAACCCUCUGAGCAAAGACCAGUACAAAUUCAGCCGCCUGUAUCACAUGAUUUUGGCUUGAAUCCAAUGGCUGCGGAUAACAAAUUUCCAAAUGGUGGCUUUUCUGCGAGAACUCCAAGACAAGCUGAGAUUGACAUAUACCAUGUUAAUCUUUGUAGACAAUGCUCUGUCAGCGAUGUCACUCGUGACUGUGAUCAUCAGGUCCGUUAGUGCGAUUUUUCAUUAUCAUGUAUAAUACUGGCCUCUUAUCUGUAAUAAAUAUUUAUGCAUGUUUCCAUUAUAAUAUGCAAAUACUACAUUUUCAAUAAGCUUUACACCUUAUCUUUCAUGUGUAGUCUCCUACCCAAGCGGCACACAUUUCAUAUGCUUGACAUAUUUUUGCCAAUUUGAACCUUUUUCAUUUCUCUACAUAGAAGUAGGAUACUCGAAUAUUGUAACACCGAAGUUUGUUUCCAAAGUUAAAAAAAAAUUCACUUUGUCAAAAUAAGAAUUGUUGAAACUUUAGAUACAAACAUUGUCUUAUUAGGGAACACUGAUAUUUCCAAUAGUAUUCCUAUGUUAUACCUAUGUUUAUCUUACUUUUACAUAUAAAUACAGCCUACAUGCAUGCUGAAACAUUGUGAUAAAUGGAUCAGUUAUUAUCAUUAAUAACAUUUGAAUUAUAAUGCACAUAAUAUGUUGAUUGACUUAUGGUUGUGGUUUCUUGCUUGCUUAAUUUCUUGCUUGCUUAAUUGAUUGAUUGAUUGUUGAUUGUGUGACUGAUGCAUUGAUUGAUAAUUGAAUGGUUGAGUGAGAGAGAUUGAUAGAUCGAUUGAUUUUUGAGAUGGAUGGAUGGAAGGUUUGAACUAUAUAGAUCACUUCAUUUAGAUAGAAACUUUUUAAAAAGUUUUGCUUUUU